AUGGCUGAGACGAAUCUACACAAAUCUCUGAGCAAUUCAUCACAGGAGGAUAUUAUAUACGUCGAUGAACAAUAUAAUUCACCGUUUAAAUGUCCCAUUUGUCGUCGAAUAUUUCGAGAUCCUGUUAUUACACAAUGCGGACAUACCUUUUGUCGAAAAUGUACUUCUUCAGCAAUUUUAUGUCCAUAUGAUCAGCAAGCUCUUCAGACAUUCGUUAGCAAUUAUAUUGUUGCUGAACAAAUAAAUUCAUUCCUUGUUUGGUGUAAAUAUGCAUUUAAAAAAAGUCCAGUAACCGGUAAUGAUAUGAAAAGCGAACGCGAUGAGCAUGGUUGUCCUGUAAAAAUUCCACUUUCAAGAAAAAAAGAACAUGAAGACGAAUGUACUUAUAGAUUAGCUCCUUGUCCAAAUGGUUGUGCAUACAGCAAUCUCCGCCAAAAAGAUAUUUAUAAUCAUCUACAUGUAUGUCCAAAUCGGCAGCCGUCUCAAUUUCAAUUCACAAUCAAUACUAGUAACGAUCAGUCGCAAAUACUUCAGCAAGAAUUAAUCUUGAAAAUCUCACAGAUAGAUUUUCUUGUUAAUACAUGUAAACAACUCACCGGUACGGUUGCCAUGAUGCGUAAUGAAAUCGAUACGUUGAAAAUCAAUCAAGAAGCAUUAUGUUCUAGAAAUGAUUUACUAUUAAGUGAAUUAAUGAAAACUAAACAAACAUCACCUAUACCAACAACUAUUGAUGAACAAGAAUCCGUGAGAAAUCAUGACAGUGACGAUGAAAAUGAAUUAUCAACUGUUAUUUUACGUUGUAAUGGAACGUUUACAGGGCAUAGUGAUACUGUCUGGUGUCUAUAUGCAUUGGAUGAUGUUCUUCUUAGUGGUUCUAGUGAUAAAACAGUCAAAGUUUGGAAUUUACGAGAAACACCAUAUACAAAUCUAGCAACACUACAUGGACAUGAAGAAGGUGUCCUAUCAUUAACUGUUAAAGAACGAACAGCAUUCAGUGGUAGUGUUGAUAAAUCAAUAUUUGUUUGGAAUUUAAAUGAUUAUAAAAAGACUACAUCAUUUGUUGCUCAUACAGAUCCCGUGUGCUCAUUAACACAAUAUGAUAAUCAUCUAUAUAGUUCGUCAAAUAGAUGUUUAAAAGUUUGGGAUAUGCAAACAUUAGAAUUAAUAAACGAAAUUCAAACGGAUAGUCGAAAUGGUUGGUUAAGGAUUCUCAUGCAACGUGACAAAUGUAUUUAUGCUGGAUGCCGACGUGUAAUCAAAGUAUUUGAUACUGUCACACAUCAAAUAUCAUUUGAAUUCGAACUGCCAACCAAUGAUUCAAUUUAUAGUUUAACUCAUUCAGAUACAUUACUUUUUGCUGGUGCAUUAUCUGGUACUAUUUAUAUUUGGGAUAUUCGAGCUAAUCGUUGUUUAGAAACUACUUGUCAACAUGACGCAACUGUUCAUGGGCUUUGCAUGCUUAGUGCUGAUAAUUCAAAUAAAUCAAAUUUAAUAAGUGCAUCAAGUGAUCAAACAAUUCGAGUGUGGUCGAUGGAUACAUUCGAUCAAGUACAAUAUGAUGAUCGACAUGAAGCUGAAGUAACAGCUCUGCAUGCUAACGUUCGACAUAUUAUGACUGGUGCUGCCGAUGCUAAAAUAAAAGUUUGGGAUUUUGUUUCAUCUUACGACCAUUUUGAAUAG